ACCACUACCACCUCCACUACCACCUCCACUACCACCUCCACUACCACUUCCACUACCAUCUCCACUACCACCACCACUACCACUACCACCUCCACUACCACCUCCACUACCACUACCACUACCACCUCCAAUACCACUACCACCUCCACUACCACUACCAUCUCCACUACCACCACCACUACCACUACCACCUCCAGUACCACCUCCACUACCAUCUCCACUACCACCACCACUACCACUACCACCUCCACUACCACUACCACCUCUACUACCACCUCCACUACCACCUCCACUACCACCUCCACUACCACCUCCACUACCACUUCCACUACCAUCUCCACUACCACCACCACUACCACUACCACCUCCACUACCACUACCACCACCACUACCACCUCCACUACCACUACCACCUCUACUACCACCUCCACUACCACUACCACUACCACCUCCACUACCACCUCCACUACCACUACCACCUCCACUACCACUACCAACUCCACUACCACCUCCACUACCACCACCACUACCACUACCAUCUCCACUACCACUACCACUACCACUACCACUACCACUACCACUACCACUACCACCUCCACUACCACCUCCACUACCACUACCACCUCCACUACAACCACCACUACCACUACCACCUCCACUACCAAUACCACUACCACCUCCACUACCACCUCCACUACUACCAGCUCCACUACCACCUCCACUACUACUACCUCCACUACCACUACCACUACCACUACCAGCUCCACUACCACUACCACUACCACCUCCACUACUACUACCUCCACUACCACCUCCACUACCACUACCUCCUCCACUACCACUACCACCACUACCACCUACUCUACCACCUCCACUACCACUACCAUCUCCACUACCACUACCACCUCCACUACCACCUCCACUACCACCUCCACUACCACCUCCACUACCACUACCACCUCCACUAUCACUACCAUCUCCACUACCACCUCCACUACCACUACCGCUACCACUACCACUACCACCUCCACUACCACCUCCACUACCACCUCCACUACCACCUCCACUACUACCACCUCCACUACCAGUACCACUACCAUCUCCACUACUACCACCUCCACUACCACCUCCACUACCACUACCACCUCCAGUACCACCUCCACUACCACCUCCACUACCACCUCCACUACCACUACCACCUCCACUACCACCUCCACUACCACUACCACCUCCACUACCACCUCCGCUACCACUACAACCUCCACUACCACCUCCACUACCACUACCACCUCCACUACCACCUCCACUACCACUACCACCUCCACUACCAUCUCCACUACCACUACCACCUCCACUAUCAGCUCCACUACCACUACCAUCUCCACUACCACCUCUACUACCAACUCCACUACCACUACCACCUCCACUACCACCUCCACUACCACUACCACCUCCACUACCACCUCCACUACCACCUCCACUACCAGCUCCACUACCACCACCACUACUACCACUACCACCUCCACUACCACUACCACCUCUACUACCACCUCCACUACCACUACCACUACCACUACCACUACCACUACCACUACCACUACCACCUCCACUACCACUUCCACUACCAUCUCCACUACCACCACCACUACUACAACUACCACCUCCACUACCACUACCACUACCACUACCACUACCACUACCACUACCACUACCACCUCCACUACCACUACCACCUCCACUACCACUACCACUACCACCUCCACUACUACUACCUCCACUACCACCUCCACUACCACUACCUCCUCCACUACCACUACCACCACUACCACCUACUCUACCACCUCCACUACCACUACCACCUCCACUACCAACUCCACUACCACUACCACCUCCACUACCAUCUCCACUACUACCACCUCCACUACCAGUACCACUACCACCUCCACUACUACCACCUCCACUACCACCUCCACUACCAAUACCACCUCCACCACUACCACCUCCUCCACUACCACCUCCACUACCACCUCCACUACCACUACCACCUCCACUACCACCUCCACUACCACUACCACCUCCACUACCACUACCACCUCCACUACCACCUCCACUACCACCUCCACUACCACUACCAGCUCCACUACCACUACCACCUCCACUACCAUCUCCACUACCACUACCACCUCCACUACCACCUCCACUACCACUACCACCUCCACUAUCAGCUCCACUACCACUACCAUCUCCACUACCACCUCCACUACCACCUCCACUACCACCUCCACUACCACCACUAUCUCCACUACCACCUCCACUACCACUACCACCUCCACUACCACUACCACUACCACCUCCCACUCCACUACCACUACCACCUCUACUACCACCUCCACUACCACUACCACUACCACCUCCACUACCACUACCACCUCCACUACCACUACCAUCUCCACUACCACCUCCACUACCACCUCCACUACCACCUCCACUACCACUACCACCUCUACUACCACCUCCACUACCACUACCACUACCACCUCCACUACCACUACCACCUCCACUACCACUACCACCUCCACUACCACCUCCACUACCACCUCCACUACCACUUCCACUACCAUCUCCACUACCACCACCACUACCACUACCACCUCCACUACCACCUCCACUACCACUACCACUACCACCUCCAAUACCACUACCACCUCCACUACCACUACCAUCUCCACUACCACCACCACUACCACUACCACCUCCACUACCACCUCCACUACCACC